UCCACAUUAUACUCCCCAACACUUUGUUUACGAACCCUGAUCACAAAAGAGAAUACCAACUGAUAAAGCCGGGACAGUGUAAAACUGAUAAGAACCCGGGAGACUGGGACCUACAGAUGCCCGUACCGGACAAGCGGAUGGAGACAGUUCUCACCGGAUUGCACGAGUGUUCAGAAGCACAGAUGGCGGCCACAAUCCAAAACAGCCUGAAAGUGGCGCUAAGGAAGAGCAUGAAGGAUGCCCUCAAAAGCCUGGAUGCAGAGGCCAUUGCCCGACAAUCCAAGGCGGUCACAGCCAAGGUGCUCCAGAGCGAGGUGUUCCGGCAGGCUCAGCGGAUUAGCAUCUACCUGAGCACCAGCAGCGAACUGGAUACCACGGCAUUGCUUUGCGAGAUGUUUCGCCUGGACAAGAUGGUCUUUGUGCCCACGUAUGAGGGUUCCAAGAUGAAGAUGGUGCGUUUGCGGGGGAUGGAGGAGUACGAGAAUCUGCCGCUGACCAAGUGGAACAUCAAGCAGCCGGAUUUUAAGGAGGCUCGCGAGGAUGCCAUGACCAAUGGCCAUGGCAUUGAUCUCUUCAUCAUGCCCGGCGUGGCCUUUAGUCGCUGUGGAGCUCGCCUGGGCCAUGGCAUGGGUUUCUAUGACAAGUUCUUGCGCCAGCAUGCCGAAAAGUAUCCGCACAAGAAGGUCUCCCUGAUGGCUUUGGCUCUCAAUGAGCAGAUUGUUAGCAGCGAGGAGGUGCCCAUGGAAACACACGACGUACGUUUGCAGAGUAUAAUUACUGAAAAUUAACUUUUAGCUUAUGUACAAAAUACAGCAGUAAAAGGAAACUAAAACCUAAAAA